AUGCAACGCGAAAACUCCAUCACUGAACCAUCCUCGGCGACUGUCAUCCCAGAAUCGCAAUUAUUUACAUUUAACAGUAACAGUAGUUCAAUGUCGAGCGAUGGAAACAAGAACAAGCGGCGCAAGGGAAAUCCAUCUAAUGCGGACGAGUCUUCAGUUCUAAUAUUUACAAACAUUGCAUUUAAUAUAACAGAGAAGAAGAAGACUAAAUCAUGGAGUAAAGAUAACGUUACCCCUAACAGCAAGUCAUCCGAGACAAUACUGUUGGAAUGGUUGCUUGAACCUGGUAACUAUCAACGCUACCGAGGUACUGGCGGCAAUACGGCCAAGAAUUCGAAGACGCAAGGAAGCAAGGGCAAUUCGAAGGACACUAGAAAGGUGAUACUUACCGAGAUCGUCCGAGAGCUGCACAGUCAUGGUUUAACCCAUCGAACAGCACACCAUGUUUCGUGCAAGUUAAACGAAUGGAUCACCAACUUUAACAAAGCCAAUGACUUGAUUGGAGAGACCGGUGGCGGCGGACCUUAUGGUGAUGGGGCUAUUGACAAUGACGAGAAUGGAGCCGAUGAAGACAAGACGGGUAUGUAG